CGGAGGCGGCUCGGUUCACUGGCCCUGGGGCUGCGGUGCGGGCUGCGUCGUCGCUUGCCUCCCAGAGAGUCCGUGAUUCCAUCCGCCUGGAGUCCUGGUAGCUGCCGCGCCGGGUGGCGAGAGGCGGGUCUCGGAGACCCCUGCGACCCACUGUGGUUCGGGGGGAAAGGAAGUCAUGAAAGAUAAUUGUCUGGUGGAUGGAGCCUGCUGACCAAGUGCUUCAUGCCGACUUCACCGGGGGGGUGACUGAACAUCUGAUGAGACGACCGAGUCCUACAAAUGCUAAAUGAUUUGCUCAAGGUGCCCCACUUCAUAAGAAUUGGAGCCUCGGCCACCACUCUGUCAGCUUGUCACUAAGUCUAAAGGAGCGCCUGCUCAGAAUGGCUGUGGGAUGGUUCUACUUGUCCUUCUACGCACUGUGUUUCCUGGGCUUGAUGUGCAUCAUCCUCACCAUCUGUUGGAUGCAGCUAUGGCAUGGUGGCUUUGCCUGGGAUGGCACCAUUCUCAUGUUCAACUAUCACCCAGUGCUCAUGGUUGUGGGCUUAGUGGUACUCUACAGUGCUGCCUCGCUGGUGUACCGCCUGCCGCGGUCCUGGGUGGGGCCCAAGCUGCCAUGGAAGAUUGGCCACGCGGCCCUGCACCUGCUGGCCUUCAUCCUGACCGUGCUGGGGAUGGUCGCCGUCUUUCAGUUCCACCACCACUCCAAGGUCGCCAAACUCUACUCCCUGCACAGCUGGCUGGGCAUUGUCACUGUCUUCCUUUUUGCCUGCCAGUGGUUCCUGGGCUUUGCCGUCUUCCUGCUGCCCUGGGCAUCUGUGUGGCUGCGCAGCCUCCUUAAACCCAUCCACCUCUUCUUUGGCGUCAUCAUCCUCUCUCUGUCCAUCGCGUCUGUCAUUUCCGGCAUUAAUGAGAAGCUUUUCUUCAGUUUGAACAAUGCCACCCAGCCAUAUUCCAGUCUGCCCAGUGAGGCUAUCUUUGCCAACAGCCUUGGGAUGCUGGUGGUGAUCUUCGGGCUCCUGGUGCUCUACAUCCUCCUGGUUUCAUCUUGGAAACGCCCAGAGCCAGGGAUCCUGACUGAAGGACAGCCCCUGUUGCGUGAUGGGGAGUGAGCCAGGAGCAGGUGGAGGUGCUUCCCCUCAGCAGCUCUGCUCUGCCUGGGGCUCCUGUCUGGUUUCAGCAACACUUGCCCCGGGCUCCUUGCCCAGACGUCUUCUGGCCUCCAUGCGGGGCCUGCUCCCUCCGCCAGUGCUGCCCGCCCGCUUUGCUUGGUGGCUUCGGCUUCCGUGCUCCUUCCUGGCCUCAACUUCUCGGUCUUCAUUUACAUAUGCCCCCCCUGGCCCCACCACAGCUGCUCCUGCUGCCCCCGCUCUGCGUGUGAAGUCAAGCUGACUUCCCCUCUAGAGCCCUAAGGAUGUGGUAGAAAAUCUCGACGGCGCGGAUGAGCCCGGACUCAAGUGCAGUCCGCAUGUGAGAAGUGAGGGAGGCGGCGGCGUCCAGCAGCUUUCCCUUAAAGGCCUGCAUUUCCUUUGGGCCGCCCCCACCGUGGGGUGGGCAUCAUCUGCCGUUACCUCCAGCCAGCCCAGCCACACGUGAGCCUGGGCACGCACAUCUUGAGGUGACGGAAGGAGAGCGGGGAGAACGGCAGCAGAGCGGCGGAGGGGCUAACUGCCCCUUGCCACUCUGUUUCACGUCCGCCUGCAUUGGGACCGUGCGGCUCCCCUCUGCUGCUACAGCCCUGGCCUAUGUCCUGGCCUCGCCCCGUGACAUGCACCCCCGUCACAGUCAGGCAACCCGACGAACCCUGGCAGCCUGCUCCCCCAACUGUCCCGGGAGGGCUGAGCGCCAGGGGGGCCUCAGGCUUCCUAAGCUGCCGCUCCCCGGAUCAGGGCUUCUCUGUCUGUCCCCGGGCAGGCCGGCAGAACCCCCGCCCAGCUGAUUUUCACUCUCCAGCUCAGCGUGAAACAAGCCAGAGUUGUGGUGCAUGGUGCCCGGCAGAUCCCUGGGGCCACGACCACCUCCCGAGGUGCUCCCUGCUGAGUGGCAGGCUGCGUCAUUUCCCCCUCGGGCGACUUGCGUGGCCCAAUCCAGUCUCCCGUUACACAAGAGGGUGAGCAGCUGCUCGCCUCCCGAGGAGAAGCUGGGGUUGGGGUGCCGGGGUUCUUGCUCCUCUCUUCCGAGAUGGCGCUGUGGCUUUUCCCGCCCUGCCAGGCCCCCGGCUCCGUACUGCUGUCCUUAGUGACAAGCAGCAGGCCACCGGGCCUUGGCUGCACUGACUGUGGCAGGUGGAGACGAGGCUGACUGUCCACCACACCGUGACGUGGCCCGCUGGCGGGCCUGUGACGGGACUUCCUGAGGGGAUGGAGCGUUUGAAGCCACCGGGAUGACUGCCAGACACCUCAGUCAGCGUGACCAGCGCCCCCCCUUUCCACGUGGGAGGCCUGUAACCUGAAGCUUGAUUUCCGAUUAUCAUGUGUUUAAGAAUCAAAGCCUUCUCUACUGUACUGACAUUGUGGUUAAAUGAGCUCUGAGAAACUUAUUAAAGCCUCUGGACAGUUCUGACCCUCAGCCCUGGGAGCAGAAAUCCAAAAGGCACCAAAGAUCCCAUGAUUGUCCUCCUGGAAUCGUAUGUGACUCGUGGUCUGUGUGGACGUCCUUAAAAAGGAAGAGCUUUUGAGUACUGGGUUAUCUCACAAGGAAGGAGAUGUUUCCUGUUUUAUAAUCCAGAACUCAAAAAGGAUAAGGGACUUGGUCACUGGUGACUGAGGUCCCUCAGCCAGGAAGUGGUAGAGUCGGGAUCCACAGGCCAGAUGUUUAUGUCAGUCUCCUUCCCAGCUUCUGGGUAUGUGCAUCCUGUGCACACUGAUAGCCAUACCUAGCGAUCCGGGACCCAUGGUGCACACCCACGGGGGACAGGGGACCCUGGAUAGAGAGGCCCAGGGAUGGAGGGGGCCUGCAGCCAAGUUUGGGCAAACUUGUGAUGGAGAGCCCCCUUCCCAAGGUGACCAGCUGUGGACACCUCCUGGCGGUGGAGCAGACGACCCAGAAGGAGUUGGGGACGGUGAUGAUAGUGACUCUCAGUGAAUAAGCACCUGGCCUGUACCGGGGGCUUUACCUUCAUCAGUUUAUUUCAGCGCUCAUCCAUGUCCCCAUGAGACGGGUACAGUUCUGGUUUUACAGGUCCCAAAAGGCUAAAUAGUAGA